AUGAGUUCAAGAACAUUCGGUUUAGUAUUCCUGGUGACAUUUGUUUGCCUUCUGCUUCAAGCAGCUGAGUCAAGAACAGAUCCUUCAGAAGUAAGUGCUUUACGGGAGAUCAAAAGGAGUCUAAUUGAUCCUAUGAUAAAUUUAAGUAACUGGGGAAAGGGAGACCCCUGCAAAACAAACUGGACUGGCAUAGUAUGCUUCAAGAACCCACAUGAUGAUGGUCACUUUCACAUCCAGGAGCUACAAUUGAUGAGGAUGAAUCUAUCUGGAGAGCUAGCUCCUGAAGUUGGCCAGUUAUCAUUUCUAGAAAUUCUUAAUGUGAUGUGGAACAACCUGACUGGUCGUAUUCCUUUGGAGAUAGGAAGAAUUACUUCCUUGAGACUCCUGCUGUUGAAUGGGAACAAGUUCUUGGGUAGUUUACCACCUGAACUAGGUAAUCUUGGAAACCUAAACAGACUUCAAGUAGAUGAGAACAACAUAACAGGUUCAGUUCCACUUUCAUUUGGAAACCUGCGUAGCAUUAAACAUCUCCACUUCAACAAUAACACCAUAACCGGAGAAAUUCCGGUUGAGCUAUCCAAUUUGACAAAUCUUGCUCACCUGAUACUGGACAAUAAUAACUUGACUGGGACUUUACCGCUAGAGCUAGCUCUAUUGCCAUCCUUGACCAUACUUCAGCUGGAUAACAACAACUUCCAAGGUUCUGAGAUUCCAGAGGCUUAUGGAAACUUUCCAAGAUUAGUAAAAUUAAGUUUAAGGAACUGUGGACUGCAAGGAUCAAUUCCUGAUUUGAGCAGGAUUAAACAUCUUAGCUAUCUAGAUCUAAGCUGGAACAACCUCACAGGGACUAUACCAGAAUCCAAGCUUUCUGACAACAUGACAACAAUUGAACUAUCUUAUAACAACCUCACUGGCUCUGUACCACAAAACUUCUCAGAGUUGGGAUCUCUUCAAUUACUUUCGCUUGAGAACAACAGUUUAUCUGGUUCUGUCCCGACAUCAAUUUGGCAGAACAGGUCUUUCCAGAAUAACAAGCUGCGAGUUGAUCUCAGGAACAAUAACUUCUCUGAUGCUUCAGGAAACCUGAGAACACCUGAAAAUGUUACCCUGUACCUUCGUGGCAAUCCGGUAUGCAAUAGUACAAGCAUUCCCAUUGUUAACCAACUCCUCGAAUACAUCUGCGGCGAAAAGAAGCAAACAUCUACAAAGUCAAACACACCCUGCAGUAAUGUGUCGUCAUGUCCCUUUGAGAAUGUCCAAGUCUCUCCAGGAAUCUGCUGGUGUAUAGCGCCUCUUACGAUAGACUAUAGACUAAAGAGCCGUAGCUUCUUUUUCUUCACUCCAUACAUCGAACGCCAGUUCAUGGAGUAUAUAACCACCUCCCUCCAGUUGGAAACUCACCAACUAACAAUUGACAGAGUUUUUGAUGAGAACAAGCUGCGUCUGAGGAUGUACUUAAAGCUAAUCCCCAAAGGCCAAAGGAUAUUCAACGUAAGCGAAGUGAUACGUAUCAGGAACAGGUUUAUGUCAUGGAGUUUUGGUCGUAAUGACUUUUUUGGACCCUAUGAGCUACUUGACUUCCCUCUUGAAGGACCUUAUGAGAACUUGUUAGCUAAAGAAAGUGCAAUUAGCAUUGUUGGAUGGGUGAUGAUAGUGGCUGGCUCUAUUGUUGUUGCCACUGUUAUGUCAGUGACUGCAACACUUCUAUAUGUUAGAAAAAAUCGAGAGAAGUCACAUACACCAACCAAAAAACGUUUUUUCAGGGCAAUAUCUAAGGAAAUCCAAGGGGUGAAGAAGUUCAGUUUUGUAGAACUGUCGGAUGCGACUCAUGGUUUUGAUAGCUCUACAGUGAUUGGUAGAGGAAGCUAUGGCAAAGUCUACAAAGGCAUAUUGCCUAAUAAGACCGAAGUUGCCAUCAAAAGAGGAGAAGAAACUUCUCUGCAGAGCGAGAAAGAGUUUCUGAAUGAGAUUGAUCUGCUUUCGAGGUUACAUCACCGGAACCUUGUGUCGCUGAUUGGCUACAGUAGUGACAUUGGAGAACAGAUGCUUGUGUAUGAGUAUAUGCCUAACGGCAAUGUGCGUGAUUGGCUUUCAGCUAAUGCUAAGGAAACAUUGAGCUUUAGCAUGAGGUCACAAGUGGCUUUGGGAUCAGCUAGAGGGAUACUUUACCUUCACACUGAAGCAAACCCGCCAGUGAUUCACCGUGAUAUCAAAACCAGCAACAUACUCUUGGACUCUCAGAAUCAUGCUAAAGUUGCUGAUUUUGGACUCUCGCGUUUGGCUCCUGCUUUUGGGGAGGGAGAUGGUGAGCCUGCACAUGUGUCAACCGUAGUGAGAGGAACACCUGGAUAUCUAGAUCCAGAGUACUUCAUGACACAGCAACUGACGGUGAAGAGCGAUGUGUACAGCUUCGGAGUUGUGUUGCUUGAGCUCUUGACUGGAAUGCAUCCAUUCUUUGAGGGUACACAUAUCAUCCGCGAGGUGAGGAUGGCGUAUGAAUGUGGAACGGUUCAGUCAGUGGCGGAUAGUAGGAUGGGAGAAAUUUCGCCGGAUAAAGUGAAGAAGUUGGCGGAGUUGGCGUUAUGGUGUUGUGAGGAUAGACCAGAGACGAGACCAGCCAUGUCCAAAGUGGUCAAGGAACUUGAAACUAUUUGCCAAACUGUGAGAGAAACAGCAGAUAUGUUCGCAGAAACAACCACAUUACUCUACACCAAAACAUCUUCGUCGUCAUCGUCUCCUGUACUUUCGCCUUUGUUUUUGAUUCCUGGAGCUGGAAGUGACUUAGAUAGUGGUUUUUUCCAACCUGCUAAACCUCGCUGA